AUAAACUCCACUUCCAGUUCAUCUUUUGGGUUGGUUUUCUCUAAGAUAAUUUAGUGAAGUUGGAUUGGGAGAAGAUGUCAAAAUCUGGAGCUUUAGACCUUGCUAGUGGUUUGGGUGGGAAGAUCAAGAAACAAGAAGUUCAAUCUGCUGUACAACAGUAUGAGAAAUAUCAUGCCCAUUUUGGAGCAGAUGAAGAGACAAGAAAAGCAAACUAUGCUGAUAUGGUGAAUAAAUUCAAUGACCUUGCUACCAGUUUCUAUGAAUAUGGUUGGGGAGAGUCUUUUCAUUUUGCAAAUAGAUGGAAAGGAGAGUCCUUCCGUGAGAGCAUCAAACGACAUGAGCACUAUCUUGCACUGCAGUUAGGGUUGAAAAAAGGAAUGAAGGUUUUGGAUGUGGGGUGCGGAAUUGGUGGACCAUUGCGAGAAAUUGCAAGAUUUAGCUCAACAUCCAUUACUGGCGUGAACAACAAUGAAUACCAAAUCUCAAGAGGAACUGAAUUGAAUCGUUUAGGAGGAUUGAGUGAUUCAUGUAAUUUUGUUAAGGCUGAUUUCAUGAAGAUGCCAUUUGCAGACAAUACUUUUGAUGCUAUAUAUACCAUCGAAGCAACAUGUUAUGCACCCGAUGCGGUUGCAUGCUAUAAGGAGAUUUACAGAGUCCUAAAACCCGGACAAUGUUUUGCUGCUUAUGAAUGGGGCAUGACUGAUAAUUUUGAUCAUAACAACCAAAUCCAUCAGAGCAUAAAAGCUGAAAUUGAGCUUGGUAAUGGGCUCCCUGGUAUAAGAACAAUAAAUCAAUGCCUUAAGGCUUUGAAACUUGUUGGUUUUGAGAUUAUAUUAGAAAAGGAUCUUGCAGCAGAUUCCCCUGUUCCUUGGUAUGAGCCUCUUGAUACUAGUCGGUUCUCCUUAAGCAGCUUUCGCUUAACUUUAUUAGGACGGUUCAUCACCAAAGCAAUGAUCAAUGCCCUGGAGUUUGUGGGUCUUGCUCCUGAAGGAAGUGGGAGAGUCUCAUCCUUCUUAGAGAAGGGCACUGAAGCCUUUCUGGCAGGUGGAAGAAUGGAGAUUUUCACACCAAUGUAUUUCUUUUUGGUGCGGAAGCCUGUUUCAAAUUCUUGAGGAGAAACGACCACAAAAAUUGGCAGAAGUUCGAUUCCUCUUCACUCAUUAAACUUUUAGUUGAUUUAUUUGUUUUAGAAGACAAUAGUUGUUGGUUUCAAUUUCCGUUUCUCUAUAUUUGUGUGUAACUUGUCAGAAUAAUGGUCUGAAGAUCUGAUUAUAGACAGACUUGUUUGAAUUCUUUCUUAAUAUAUAAUUUAUGAC